AUGGACGACGACCUGCAGCCGCCGAGCGCUCUAUUGCCGAUCUCUCUACCGUCGAUUACUCCACUACCGACCGUAGACAUGGCUGUACAGACGACUUCACAUCACGAGACUCCUCCCCCAUCAACACCCUUCGUGGAACUCCCACCCGAGGUUCGGAACAUGAUCUACGACUACCUGUUUCCCGAAGGUCGCUCCGCAGUACAGCUUCUGGCGCGUAGGACUGGAAGAGGCUUCAUCGCUAUGUCUGACCGCGUUGGGCUGUUGGCAACCUGUAAGCAGAUCUUCCAGGAGACAACUACCUUCUUGCGAAAGACGAACAGAGUACAGAUCAACCAGCCGAAGACGCUUCAAAACGUGAUGGAAAAACUGUUAUUCCACAAGCGAUAUGCAGAUUAUCCCAUCCUUGAAUUCAUUCUCCCUGAUGAGGGUUUUGGGCAAGUCCUGGAGUUUGACUUGACACGACAGACCCUGAGUUCAAGUCUGCCAGGGCUCGCAUACGCCAGUCGCUGGUAUGCCGACACUUGUAUGGGAAUAGCUCCAACAAAUGUGAUUGCCAGUAUGAGCAUGCAGUCGAUGCAACUCAAUUCUCGGUACUUUGGUAAGCUGAAGGUAUGGAUUGAGGACCAAUACAUGAACUCGAUCUUGAGCUGGGAUUCUUUCGCCGACCUCACAUUAAGGUUCUAUACAAGCGAGGAAACGAACCUCGGUAAUCUUCGCUUCGAGGCCAUUGCCUUCACAAGAGCAGUCCGCGGACUCCCAAAUGAUGCUGUAGUCUGGAUUGAUGCCUGUAAUCUCGGGUCGCAUCGUUAUACAGUAUCCAACAUUCGAGAGCAACUGCUCGUGAUUUUGUUAAUGUUAGCGAGGGACCAUCCAGAGAGGCGCACAGAUCGAUGUCCGAAGGUGUGGAUGGAUGGAUCCUUCUUCCCAGGCGAAUUCGAAUUUCAGAGUGGGGCUAACAUAUCUUCUGAUCAGUACCGAAAGGAAUACGCUGACUGGGUUCAAGGUCGUGUCUUCGCUGAUAUGAUGGAGGGAUUGCUUGAUAUAGGGGACUUCGCCUAUGAUGAGUACGAUGAAGAGGCGCAAAAUACGGAGUUUGAUGAGGAGUCACUGCUCGGAGUAGCCAAGGAUCUCGGUCAGUAUGUUCAAAGAGAUCCUGGAAAUGAAUGGUAG